AUGUCAGAACAAGAAUCGGUCAACCAACCAUUUAGUUUCCCAAGAGAGGAAGAUUCCAUCCUUGAAAAAUGGGAUGAGAUUGAUGCCUUCCAAAGAACUUUAGAAUUAACCAAAGAUCUUCCACCAUUUUCCUUCUUUGAUGGUCCACCAUUUGCAACUGGUACUCCUCAUUAUGGUCAUAUCUUAGCUUCUACAGUUAAGGAUAUUAUCCCACGUUAUGCCACCAUGAAUGGUCAUCAUGUUGAAAGAAGAUUCGGUUGGGAUACUCAUGGUUUACCAGUUGAACACGAAAUCGACAAAAAAUUAGGUAUUACUUCUAAAGAAGAUGUCUAUGCUAUGGGUAUUGAAAACUAUAACAAUGAGUGUCGUGCUAUUGUUAUGAGAUAUGCAGAUGAAUGGCGUAGAACCAUUAGAAGAGUCGGUAGAUGGAUUGAUAUGGAUAAUGAUUAUAAGACUUUAUAUCCAGAAUUUAUGGAAUCAGUUUGGUGGGGUUUUAAAGAAUUAUACAAGAAGAAUUCUGUCUACAGAGGAUUGAGGGUUAUGCCAUAUUCCACAGCAUGUACUACUCCUUUGUCUAAUUUCGAAGCUCAACAAAAUUAUAAAGAAGUUAACGAUCCAGCUGUCACUCUUGCUUUCCCAUUGGUUGAUGACGAAGACACCAUUUUAGUUGCUUGGACCACCACUCCAUGGACUUUACCAGCUAACAUUGCAUUAGCCGUUAACCCAAAGUUUGAAUAUGUCAAGAUUUAUGAUGAAGAAAAAAAGAAGCAUUUCAUUUUAUUAGAAGGUUUAAUUUCUACUUUGUAUAAGAAACCAGCUGCUGCCAAAUACAAGGUUGUAGAAAGAUUAAGCGGUAAAGAUUUAGAAGGUCUUAAGUAUGUUCCAUUAUUUAACUACUUUUAUGAAGAAUUCAAAGACGUUGCUUUCAAAGUUAUUACAGCUGAUUAUGUUACCAAUGACUCAGGUACCGGUAUUGUCCAUCAAGCUCCAUCAUACGGGGAAGAAGAUUUCAAUGCUGCCAAAGCCAAUGGAUUAAUUAAUGAAUUUAGAACUCCACCAGAAGUCGUUGAUGAUACUGGUAAAAUGAAUAAAAAGGUCCCAGAUUUAGAAGGACUUUAUUUCAAGGAUGCUGAUAAAGUUAUUAUCAAGAAAAUUACUGAAACUGGAAGAAUGUUGGUUAAUUCACAAGCCAAGCAUUCCUAUCCAUUUUGUUGGAGAUCAGAUACACCAUUAAUGUAUAAGACAGUUCCAGCUUGGUUUGUUCGUAUUGAUGAAGUUAUCCCUGAAAUGUUAGAAAACGUCGAAAAGACCAAUUGGGUCCCUUCCAAUAUUAAAGAUAAGAGAUUUACAAACUGGAUUGCCAAUGCUAGAGAUUGGAAUAUUUCAAGAAAUCGUUAUUGGGGUACACCUAUGCCAUUAUGGGUAUCUGAUGAUUUUGAAGAAAUUGUCUGUGUAGGUUCAAUCCAAGAAUUAAAAGAGUUAUCUGGUCGUGAUGAUAUUACUGAUCUUCACCGUGAAAGCAUUGAUGACAUCACCAUUCCUUCGAAACAAGGAAAGGGUGUGUUGAAGAGAAUUGAAGAAGUCUUUGAUUGUUGGCUUGAAUCUGGUUCUAUGCCAUUUGCAUCAAAGCAUUACCCAUUUGAAAACCAAGAAAAAUUCAAAAAUUCCUUCCCUGCUAACUUUAUUUCUGAAGGUUUAGAUCAAACCAGAGGUUGGUUUUAUACUUUGACCGUCAUGGGUACUCACUUAUUCAAGACUGCUCCUUACAAGAACGUUAUUGUUACUGGUAUAGUUUUAGCUGCAGAUGGUAAAAAGAUGUCAAAACGUUUAAAGAAUUACCCAGAUCCAGGUAUUGUUUUGGAAAAAUAUGGUGCUGAUGCAUUAAGAUUGUAUUUAAUCAAUUCUCCUGUUUUGAGAGCUGAAACUUUAAAAUUCAAGGAAGAAGGUGUUAGGGAAGUUGUUUCUUCAGUUUUAUUACCAUGGUACAAUUCCUAUAAAUUUUUCAAAGAUGCUGCUGACAUCUAUGCUAAAGAUAACGGAGUUGUAUUCAAGUAUGAUCCUAAAUUAAUCUCUGAUAAUGUUAUGGAUAGAUGGUUACUUGCUUCUAUCCAAUCAUUAAUUCAAUUUAUUCACGAAGAAAUGCAAGGAUACAGAUUGUAUACCGUCGUUCCAAAAUUAUUGGCUUUGAUUGAUGACUUAACCAAUUGGUAUAUUCGUUUCAACCGUAGAAGACUUAAGGGUUACACCGAUGCUGGUUUAGAAGAUACCAAGAAAGGUCUUAACACUUUAAUCGAAGCUUUGUUGACUAUUUCAAGAGCCAUGGCUCCAUUUACUCCAUUUUUAGCCGAUGGUAUUUACCAAAGAAUAAAAGAAUACUUUACUGAAGCUGAAUUAGAAAAAUUUGUCCUUAAUAAAGAAAUUAAGGAUACUAGAUCUGUUCAUUUCUUAACAUAUCCUGAAGUUAGAAAGGAAUUAUUCGACGAAGCUAUUGAAGUUGCUGUUUCUAGAAUGCAAAAGGUUAUUGAUUUAGGUCGUAACAUAAGAGAAAAGAAGAUGAUUUCUUUAAAACAACCAUUGAAAGAAUUAGUUAUUUUACAUUCUGAUGAAGGUUACUUGAAGGAUGUUGAAUCAUUAUCUGGAUACAUUAGUGAUGAAUUAAAUGUUAGAAACAUUGUCAUUACUUCUGAUGAAGCCAAAUAUGGUGUUGAAUAUACUGCUGUUGCUGACUGGCCAGUAUUGGGUAAAAAAUUGAAGAAAGAUGCCAAGAGAGUCAAAGAUGCUUUGCCAAAGGUUUCUUCAGUUGAAGUACAAAAGUUUGCUGAAACUGGUAAGAUUGUUGUCGAUGGUAUCGAAUUAGUCACUGAAGAUUUACAAGUUCAAAGAGGUCUCCCAGCUGAAAAGACUGCAGGUGGGUUUGAAUCUAGAGCUCAACAAGAUGUUUUAAUUCUUUUAGAUGUUAAUUUACACAAGGAAUUACAAAAUGAAGGUUUAGCCAGAGAAUUAAUCAAUCGUAUCCAAAGAUUACGUAAAAAGGCUGGUUUAAAUACUACUGAUGAAGUCAAGGUUGAAUAUAAACUUUCUAAAGAUACCAUUGAUUUCAAGUCAUUACUUGAUGAAGAAAUCUUACUUAAAGCUACCAAGAGAGCUGUUACCGAAUACAGUGAAUCUGAAUCAGCUGACGUUAUUAUUGACGAAGAACAAUCUAUCAAUGAUACUGUAUUUAGUUUAAGAUUAUUGAAACUCUAG